AGGGAGAGAGUCUGUAACGGAGGAUGUGGUGGCGAAGUGGCCACACUGACACACUGGUUUGAUGAUGGUGAACCACUACAAUGGCCAGCGACCCACUGAUAAUGAUUCUCGUCUCCGACAGACAGAACAAGAUAAGCUCUUGUUCCAUGACUUUUUAGGCUCAAAGACUCCAACUUUAGCCUCCACUCCCAUGCCUGACCAUAGGCUACCAGCGGAUAAAGCGGCGAUGACUCCCUCUACGGCUUCUGCUUCCACCGCCGGUGGACGCGGCGGUCUCUCCUCAACCUCCGAUCUCGUCGAAAGACACAGCGGCGGAGGGAAUCAUCUAGAUGGGAUACAAGUGUUUGGACCAAGAAGUGAUGCUUCUGGCUCAAUCAUGAGCAAUCGAUUUUCAGGAAACAAGAGAAGUAACUCGGAUUCACACUUCACGACUCAAGAGCACCCAGAGACUCUGCAAUGGUCCAAGUUGCUUAGAAACGGGCCUGGAAGCUUCUCCAUGAAUGUGAAUCCUUUGGCAAACCAGCCUCCACGCGGAGGGGGACAGAUCAGUCAUUUGCUUCAUCAGCUGUCUACAAGCAGAUUUAAAGAUGAAAACGUAGGCCUAUCAGUUAUUGCUCAGACAGCUGCUGAUGAAGGUUCACGAACAGGGAUGAAAGGUCCCGGUAUCUUGAGUUCUUUUACAAUGCCAAGCUCGAGCAAGUUCGAAAGUUUUGCCCCUUCAAGUACCGGAAAUCGGAAAGACUUGGCGUCUAGUACUAAGCAAAUGACCAUCUUCUAUGGCGGUCAAGCUCAUGUCUUUGAUGAUGUUCACCCAAACAAGGCGGAUGUGAUAAUGGCCUUGGCAGGAUCAAGCGGGGGCUCAUGGUCUACGGGUUUGUCUCAUAAACCGAAGUCAAAGAACAACACAAGUGACAGUCCAUACAAACUAGGCCAAAUGUAUGAAGGAGGCAGCUCUAGAGAAACACCGCAAAUGCCCCCGGAGUUUCGUGCAAGGCCGAGUCAUCAACCUACCUCCAGUGCCUGUCACCGGAUCUUUACACAACCAGGUAGAGAACAUCAAGGAAGCAUCAUCUCAAGGGGACGAGAUAUCAGAGAUCCGGUUCACAUAUCAGAUCCUGAAAAAGAAGCCACAUGAUUUAAGUCUGAAUAUGAGAGACGAUGAGUGUGGCUCUGCUUCUAAGUUU